GGGAGCGGCGCAAGCCCGUCUGGGGGCGGGGCGGAGCCCGGGCUGGGGGUGCCAAGCAGACCCGGCAGCUGCGCCCGCGACUCUGCAGUCCAGGCGCAUUUGGUGGGGCGAUUGGGCAGGGAGCACGCAAGGAGAGCGGGACUGAGGGCUCCGCGGACAGACCGACAGACGGACGCCCCCGCACACGCAGACGCACCGAGCUCCGCACGGCCCCUGUCACACACAGACAGGGACACACGCAGACACGCACACUCGCGCGCUCACAUCCUCCCGCCAGCCUUCUUGUCCGCCGGCGCCCGGAGCCCGCUCUGGCCGGAGUGAGAGAGAGCGCGCGACAGGCUGCUGAUGACUCCGAGGGAGGGACCCUGGACAUGUGCUGUAGUGAAAGGCUGUUGGGUCUCCCCCAGCCGGUAGAGAUGGAAGCACUGGACGAGGCCGAAGGACUCCCCAGCAAGCAGAAAGAGAUGCCACCACCCCCGCCACCCUCACCACCCUCUGAGCCAGCUCAGAAGCUGCCACCUCAAGGCGCCGGGAGCCACUCCCUCACCGUCAGAAGCAGCCUGUGCCUGUUUGCUGCCUCUCAGUUCCUGCUCGCCUGUGGGGUGCUCUGGCUCAGUGGCCAUGGCCACUCCUGGCUGCAGAACACCACACACCUCAUCUCCUCUUCGCUCACAGUGUUGAACCAUCUGGGACCUUCGGCCUGGCUGGGUUCUGGGACCUGGGGCAUACCAAGUCUGCUGCUAGUCUCUCUGACUGUGGGCCUGGUCAUCAUCACCACCCUGGUGUGGCACCUCCUCAAGGAACCCCCAGAGCCACCUGCCCCACUGCCCCCAGAGGACAGGCGUCAAUCAGUGAGCCGGCAGCCCUCCUUCACCUACUCAGAGUGGAUGGAGGAGAAGGUAGAGGAUGACUUCCUGGACCUGGAUGCGGUGCCUGAGACACCUGUGUUUGACUGUGUGAUGGACAUCAAGCCUGAGACUGAUCCCACCUCGUUGACUGUCAAGUCCAUGGGUCUGCAGGAGAGGAGGGGCUCCAAUGUCUCUUUGACCCUGGACAUGUGUACUCCUGGCUGCAACGAGGAAGGCUUUGGCUACCUGGUGUCCCCACGAGAGGAGUCAGCCCAUGAGUACCUGCUCAGUGCCUCCCGUGUCCUCCAGGCGGAGGAGCUGCAUGAGAAGGCCCUGGACCCUUUCUUGCUGCAGGCGGAAUUCUUUGAAAUCCCCAUGAACUUUGUGGAUCCAAAAGAGUAUGACAUCCCAGGGCUGGUGCGGAAGAAUCGGUACAAAACCAUCCUUCCCAAUCCUCACAGCAGGGUACGUCUGACAUCACCAGACCCUGAAGAUCCUCUGAGUUCCUACAUCAAUGCCAACUACAUCCGGGGCUACAGUGGGGAGGAGAAGGUGUACAUCGCCACCCAGGGACCCAUCGUCAGCACUGUGGCCGACUUCUGGCGCAUGGUAUGGCAGGAGCGCACACCCAUCAUCGUCAUGAUCACCAACAUCGAGGAGAUGAACGAGGUAGGGACCCUGUGCCAUUGCUCAUUGCUCCUGCUUUGUGCCCCACUAGAAGCAGCUCAUUUGCAUGCUAAUCUUUAUGAGACUCUU